GCUCCUUUCUACAAAUAUGGAUUGAAGCUGAAUCGAAGUUCUUGAGUCCUGGCGGAGUUGGUCUAUUUCUUCCAUCUGGCGGAGCGGGUGGAUUUCCGACAAAUCUAGCUCCACAUAUGGAGCCUAGAAAAUCGCCAAGAUCAAGAAAACAAAUCCAGUCUGAACUUUCUAGCGAUGCAUCCAGUGAUGAUGAUGUUUCUUCUAGAUCCAAAAGCACUACUAACAGCAGAAGAACUUCUCCAAAGAAGAUUAAGAGGGCCAAUAGGAAGGAUGUAGUUCAUAGAUAUCAAAGACACCAGGACAAAGAAAUUCAGGAACAUCAACCUUCAAGGCUGUCUACACAUCCUUAUUAUCUGGUUAAGCAGUCAAUUAUCAAUGUACCGGCUGGAACACCUCGUGUUAAGUUCCUUAUGAAUGAUAUAAUUGAUGAAUUGGAGUUCACUUGUCAUAAGAGAGGUCGAGACGAUGAACAACUCUUUGAGUCAAUUCUGGAUGAAGAAAAGUUGUCAAAAUAUCCUUUAGUUGAACCUAACAAUGUUUCCGAACAAGAAGAAAGUGAUUCAAAUGAUCAGGAAGUUUCUACCCAACAAGAUGAAGGUCAUACUUCUAGAAGACGCGUGCGCAUUGCUUCACACAGUGAGAGAUGUACCGGUAGGUCUUCCAAACGACGGAGAAGUACCACCAAUGAGCAAGAGACUUCGAAUAUCCAGAAGGCAUUUAGUGAAGCAAAGUGUUUUCCGAGUAAAAACAUUGAACAAAUGAAGACAUACUACAAAACAGACGUUCAGCAUAACAUGAAAGACUAUGGAUACUUUGUUAUGAGAGUUUUGCAAUGCCACAAUGGCAAGGAACUUGUCUGGAACUGCAAGAUAUCAAUGGAUUUAUUCGGGAAGGAAAUCGGCUAUUCCUUGAUAAAGCAUGUUCAUAAUGAUCUUAAUCCGGACAGACAUGAGAUAGCAGCAUUGAGAGGAGAUGCCGAAACAACAUCAGAAUGAUCUGUUGAUAUUUAUCCCGCUUUGAAAACAGUGGUUGUUCUAUGAAACUUCUUAUGAUGUAGAUGUGAGACUAUUUUUUGGAUGUAAUGGAAUAUGGUAGUACUACUAGUAUCUUUUUUUAACGCGUAGCAUACCUGGUACUUUAAUAUUCUGUCUUCUCAUUAUCAGUUCUUACGAUUGACUAUUAUGUUUUAUUAACGUGUGAAAUCUG